AUGCUGGCCAUCUUCAACGAGAUCGAGAUUCAAAGUCUUCGAAAUGACGUGGUGCUUUUGGAGAUAAACAUUGAGCUAUUUCUUCAAACACUCAAGAACUUUGAAAAGGCUGACAGUCAUGACUUGAGCAUUAGGCUUCAGAGGAAGGAGGCGUCAGCGGAUGGUACUACCAGUGGGGGAGGCAGAACGGCUUCUUUGGCUCUCUACUACUCAGAUCUCACUACCACAGCCAACACAAUUAAUCAUACCUUUAGAAUUCCCGUCAAGAUUCUCAAAGGAUCCUCAGAUCUACUACAGGAGCCUGAGCUUCCUAAAGUGGACCUCAUGAUGCGUCUACCCAACGAGUUUUCUUCCACAUACAAGCGUCUUGAUAAGUUCAAGAAGAAUCUAGCGAGCGAUCUAGUCACUAUCAAGGCGAGUAGAAGACGAGGGGGCUACUUGGGCUUCGUUCUUCACGAAGAGGGUAAGUUUAGAGUGACGAUUCGGUGGAACGAUAAAUUGGAUGUCCAGAAGCCAAAAGUCCCUGACUUAGACACUGACAGCCUUCGAGCCCAGGCACUUGCUGAGCCACAAGACGACGAUUGCGAUCAAGAUGAUUCGGAAGACACGGAAGUCGUGGUCAAGCUCAAAGAUUGGAAAAUGGCAUCCAAGAUUGUCAGCACCUGCAAAACCAUCAUAUUUCUCAUGUGCCACCAGGAGGCGUGUGUGCUACAUUGCUUACUCGACGACACUGACGACGUUGAGGUACUUUACUAUCUUAGUGGGGUCAAGAUCAGGGAUAUGGAGGAUUAG